CGGCUCCGCGGGGCGCAGCAGGCGCGGGGCGGGCGGGGAGCGGCGCCGGGGCCCGAGCCCGACCGGAGCCGAGCGGAGCCGCCCCGCCGCCGCCGCCGCCGCCGCCGCCCAUGGCCCCCUGAGCCGCCGCCGCCGCCGCCGCGCCCGGGCGGCCAUGAAGCCGCUGGAGAAGUUGCUGAAGAAGCCGGGCUCGCACCUGCCCGCCCGCCCCGCCGCCGCCCCGGGAACGGCACCGGGACACGGAUCGGGACCGGGACCGCGGCGGCAGAGCCUGUCGCGCCCUCCCACCUCCCCCGAGGAGCCGGCGGGGCCGGCGGGGCCGCAACCGGGGGGCGAGGGCCGGUGGCUGGAGCUGCGGCCGCCCGAGGCGCCGCUCCGCUCCCCCGAGGAGGCGUCCCCGGGCGGCGACCGGGAGCGGGAGCCCCCGAGCCCCGAGCCCCCGCCCGCCGCCCGCUGCUGCUGCGGCUGCGGCUGCGCCCCCGCCGCGCCCGCGCCCCCCGAGCGGCUCCUGGCCGCGCUCCUGGAGCGGCUGCCGGCGGGCGGCGCGCACGGCCGGGGCUGCGGAGCAGACUCACUGUUGGAUGAUAUUGUGCUCACACACUCGCUCUUCCUGCCCACCGAGCGCUUCCUGCAGCAGCUGCACCAGCACUUCGUGCUGGCGGCAGGCAGCCCCCCGCCGCGCUGGGAGGAGGGGGCCGGGCUGCAGCGCAAGCGGGCAGUGCUGGCCGUGCUGCUGCAUUUCCUCGAGACCUACAAGGGGCUGCUGCAGGAGGAGGAGAGCGCCGGGAAGGUGAUCAAGGAGCUUUACCUGCUCAUCAUGAAGGACACGUCCCUCUACCAUGACCUGGAGGACGAGAUCCUCAAGCUGCAUCAGCUCGUGGAGACCGUGGAGCUCAAGGUGGCCGACGAGACGCCCCCCCCGAACAAGCAGGUGAAGCCGCUGUUCAGGCACUUCCGCCGCAUCGACUCGUGCCUGCAGACACGGGUGGCUUUCCGGGGCUCCGACGAGAUCUUCUGCCGCGUGUACAUGCCCGAUCACUCGUACGUCACCAUCCGCAGCCGCCUCUCGGCCUCGGUGCAGGACAUCCUGGCCUCCGUCACCGAGAAGCUGCAGUACUCGGAGGAGCAGAGCACCCGCGAGGACGCCCUCAUCCUUGUCACCAUGGCCUCGUCCGGAGAGAAAGCGGUGCUGCAGCCCAGCGAGGAGUGCGUCUUCACCACCCUGGGCAUCAACAGCCACCUCUUUGCCUGCACCAGGGACACCUUCGACUCCUUGGUGCCGCUGCCCGAGGAGAUCCAGGUGGUGCCGGGGGACACAGAGAUCCAUCGCGCGGAGCCGGAGGAGAUUGCCAACCACCUCACCGCCUUCCACUGGGAGCUCUUCCGCUGCAUCCACGAGCUGGAGUUCGUGGACUACGUGUUCCACGGGGAGCGGGGCCGGCGGGAGACGGCCAACCUGGAGCUGCUGCUGCAGCGGUGCAGCGAGGUGCAGCACUGGGUGGGCACCGAGCUGCUGCUCUGCGAGUCGCUGGGCAAGCGUGCCCACCUCCUCAAGAAGCUCAUCAAGAUUGCUGCUAUAUGCAAGCAGAACCAGGACAUGCUCUCCUUCUACGCCAUCAUCAUCGGGCUCAACAAUGCUGCCAUCAGCCGCCUGCGCCUCACCUGGGAGAAACUCCCAGGGAAAUUCAAGAACCUGUUUCGGAAGUUUGAGAACCUGACGGACCCCUGCAGGAACCACAAAACCUACCGGGAGGUGCUGGCCAAGAUGAAACCCCCCCUCAUCCCCUUUGUGCCCCUCAUCCUCAAAGAUCUGACUUUCCUGCAUGAAGGCAGCAAGACCCUCGUGGAUGGGCUGGUCAAUGUGGAGAAACUGCACUGCAUCGCAGAGAAAGUGAGGACCAUCCGGAAGUACCGGAGCCGCCCGCUCUGCCUGGAGCUGGAGGCCUCCCCCAGCCAGCUGCAGACCAAGGCCUACGUGCGGCAGCUGCGGGUCAUCGACAACCAGAACCUGCUCUUCGAGCUCUCCUACAAGCUGGAGCCCGGCAGCCAGUGAGGGCCGGGGGGGGUCCCCCGCCCCGGGGACCCCCCACCCUGCCCGGGGGGGCCCGGCUGCCCCCCAGCACUGACGCACUUUGGCCAGGGACCCCGGCAUCGCGCGGGGUGGGGGGGCGCAGCUGGGUGCUGCCCCCCGCCCUUGGCAUGGGGGGGGGUGUGGGUAAGGGAGAGGGGAGCAGCGGGUUUGGGGACCUCGGGCGCACCCCCCUCCCCCCCCUUCCCACUGCCCGCCCCCCGCCCCUUCCCCUGCCUGGGGAGCAGGGACCCCCGGGGGGGCUGUAUCCCCACCCCGCCCCCUGGCCCCCCCCGGGGUGCCCUACUGGCCCCCACUCUAUUUUUGUACGUGCCCCCCCGCCCGCCCCAGACAUGUAUAUUUUGUACCGAACCGCCGUCCGGAAUUGUACAUUUAUUUUUUAAUAAAAAAGGAGGAGAAAAGGA